AUGGGAAACAACUAUAUCUUCUCCCUCACGCCGACUUUUACACAGGGCCUCGUGCUAGGUCAACUCUCAAUCUUGGUUCUCCUGGCGCUUGUUCUCAAAUACUUGUUUUUCAUUCCUCCCGAAAGUGAGACAGAAACCAUCACAUUCCAUCCUCUGUCAAAAUCAAACCCUUCGUGGCACCAAGACGUGGAGGAAGACGACAUAAACGGUGCUCCAGAAAAGGAGUCGGCGCAUUGGUUCAAUAUACUUGCAAGGCAGGUCGUGGAGGUGUACAGAGCUAAGCUUCAAAACAACCUCACAGGAUAUGAGGGAAUCGAGGUUGCCCGCAGGAAAAUCGAGGACCACGCGAAUGAGUUGCGUCCACGCGGGUUUCUAGCAAUCUUUGUUCAUAACUCACGACUACAACAGGACCAUAUCACGAUACAUUCCGUGGACCUAGGAAUGUCUGCGCCCAAGUUGUCCAACGCACGGGUCGUGAAUGACAGCGAUGGGGAUACCGCUCCGAUGACAAUCGAAUUCGACAUGUCAUAUACAGACACCAUUUCCGUCUCACUAUCUACGUCCUAUUUGUUCAACUACCCCAUGUCCUCGUUUGCUCGGCUACCUGUCUCACUCACGAUAUCUUUGUCUCUCUUCGAGUCAAAAGUCACCUUGGUUCCGCCAUCUCCUGCAUCAGCAGCCCCCGUUUUGACCAUAUCGUUGCCACAAGACUUUACUCUUAACCUUAAGACAACGUCGCUCAUGGGCAGUCGAGCGAUGCUCAGGGACGUGCCAAAACUUCAUGAGUUGAUUGAAUAUCAGGUCAGGAAAGUGCUAGCCCUCCGAGGAACGUGGAAAUUUGUUCUUCCUGGUAUGGGAAGCUUGGCCACCGCUCAACAUGAUGUGGAAAAAGAACAGGCUGCUUCCAAUGAGCAGGGCUGA